GCAGACUGUGGACUUUCUGUAAACAUCUGCAGUUAGUCAUUAACACUGGAUAAACAUCACAUCUGUCAUCCGCAACCCUUUCUUAAUUCUGAAUUUCUCAGCAGAGGCAGGGAUUUGGGAUUGCUCUUCGAUACCACUCACACAUUUACCAUCCAGCUCCUGAUUUGCGCACACCAUGAGUCGAACUUGGCUGUUGACCUGCUUUUUUGUACUAUGGUGUGUGACGGCAGAUUGCAGAUCAGUAUUUUACAGUGCACCACAGGCUCAUACACUUCUGCGCAUGAAACGGGCCAAUAGUAUGUUUGAGGAGAUCAGACCACCAUCAAAAGAACGUGAAUGUGUGGAAGAGAUCUGUGACUAUGAGGAGGCCAGGGAGAUCUUUCAGACUCCGGAAGCAACGUUGGAGUUUUGGACUGUGUACAAAGAUGGCAACCAGUGUAACCCCAACCUAUGUGUCAAUGGAACAUGCGUGGAUAAGUUCCAGUCCUUUGAAUGCUCCUGUAAUCCAGGUUUCGAGGGGAAAUACUGUGAUCAGCGUAAGGUUCUGGCCAGCACAGCCUCAAACUGCACAGUAGACAACGGCGAUUGUGACCAUGAAUGCAACUUGAGGUCUGAUGGAAUGGUCCGCACCUGCAGCUGUCUCCCAGGGUACAGUCUGCAUGAAAAUUCCAGAACUUGCAGUCCGUUAAAUGAGAACUCCUGCGGAAGAAUUCUCUUACACAAGUCAGUGUUCAACACAGGGCCUAUACAAGGACUGAUGCCAUGGCUGAUUGGAGGAGAAGUAGGGAGGAAGGGGGAGAGUCCUUGGCAGGCUCUUUUGCUCAAUUCAGAAGGGGUGUUUCACUGUGGUGCUGUUCUAAUUGACAAAAGCUGGGUCCUCACCGCUGCUCACUGUCUACAGAACCACAGGCGCUUCAGUGUCAGAUUAGGAGACUACGAGCGCUUUAGGCGCGAGGGAACAGAGGUCACUGUGGCUGUGGCAGACAUUAUAUCACACCCCAAUUACGACUCGAUGACUAUGGACAAUGACAUUGGACUCCUGCGUCUCGAAGCCCCAGUGAGAUACUCGACGUACAUUCUACCCGCCUGCUUGCCAAGUCGGGGGCUUGCCGAGGGGGUGCUGCACCGCAAUGGCACAGAGACCAUCAUCACAGGCUGGGGAAGGUUCAACGAGUCAACCAGACAAUUCAAGUCUGCCUUGAAUUACAUCAAAAUCCCUCUGGUUGACCGUGAACUGUGUCAGGAGAUGAUGAUGAACGACGUGUCUGAGAAUGUACUGUGUGCUGGUGUGUUGGGUGAAACACAGGAUGCCUGUGAAGGAGACAGUGGUGGGCCAAUGAUGGUGGAGUAUCGUAAAACCUGGUUUCUGAUUGGCUUGGUGUCAUGGGGGGAGGGAUGUGGUCACAAAGACAAACUGGGCAUUUACACCAAAGUGUCAAACUACCUGGAAUGGAUAGAUAAAGUGCGACAACAGUAUGAGCAAGCAUGAUGUUGCUUUUUUUCUUGUGCUGUCUGACCUCAAACUCAAAAUGUGCUAAAAACUAGACACCUGCUUGAAAAUAAAUGUACUUAAGUAUGUGCAUUUUAGACGCGACUCUAUAUUAAAACUAGCCUAUACAACAAA